CACCCUCCUGCAAAUCAACAGGUGAAACGGAGGGAAACCGCCCGGAGCGAGCUCCGUUCUCAACCCAUGACGGUGGAUGUGCCACGCAAUCGCUGGGCGAAGCAUGCCGCAGAGCGGGACCAGCAGAUCCAAAGCGCGGCCAUUGCGAUGCAAGUGUUGCUUCCCGAACUCUCAGAGGAGAAGAUCAAGUCUUGCCUCCGUGCCAAUAGCUGCAAUCCGGACCGCGCCUUCGACCAGUUGGCAGAUCCCAUGGGGUCGCUCCACGACUUCGACGACGACUUGGGCGACGCCCUGGCGGCGAUCGAGGCGGCGGGGAUGGCGGACGUGGCAGCGGAGGCGAAGUCUGACACCGUGGAGGAGGUCUCCAUCCCUCCGGACUUGGCUGCCGACCGCACACCGGUCCAUUCUGCGCCCACGUUGCCGGCAGAGCUGGCUGCUUUGGUGAAAGAAGUCGCUGAAGCCGUGCCCGUCCUCCACUCAGACGUCCCACCAGCCCCGUUCCACGCGCCGCGUGGGCGUUCCACGCCGCGUGAAGAACGCCCUGCACCUUCCGGGCCGGUCGUGGAGGUGAAGGAGGAAGUUGAAUCGAAGCCCAGUGUGCCGGACUGGCUUCCCAUGUUGAAGCCAGUGGAAAGCAAUGUCUCCAAGCGCAGCUUUUACGACAAGCAGACCGACCGGCUCAAGGCCGCCUUAGGUCCAGCACCCAAGGUGGAGCCGGUGCCCUCGGCACACGAGAGAGACGUGCGAGGUUUGCGCCAGGGAGGCUGAGGCUCAAGCCGCCCCUCACGAGGGGGUGGAUGAAGAUAGGCCAAGUGAAAGCGGCAGAACCCGCUGGCGAACGGUUCAUCCGUGGUGGUAGCGAAGUAUCACGUGGUAGCGCAUUGACCAUUGAAACAACAUGACCACCAUAUGUUUGUUGCAUUGUUGUGUC